GCAGCAUGCUAGAUCCGGAGGGCAGUGCGGAGCACAAGCCUGCCUCUGCCUUCCCCAGGGUUUGCCUCAUCCCUCUCGCCAUGCUCCUUGCAAUCGCAGCACUCCUGCUCCUAGCGUUUUCCGCUACGCGGCAGAAAGAGCCCGAUUUUUACACUUUCAAAGUUGUAAAUAUCAGGGGCAAACUAGUUUCUCUGGAGAAAUACAGGGGCUCGGUGUCACUAGUUGUCAACGUUGCAAGUGAGUGUGGGUAUACAGAUAGCCACUACAAGGCCUUACAACAGUUACAGAGAGACCUCGGCCCAUACCAUUUCAAUGUGCUGGCAUUCCCAUGCAAUCAGUUUGGGCAGCAAGAACCAGACACUGACAAAGAAAUAGAGAGUUUUGCACGAAAGACUUACGGUGCCUCCUUUCCAAUGUUCAGCAAAAUUACAGUCAGUGGAGCCGGUGCAAUUCCUGCCUUCAAGUACUUAAUUGAUUCUACAGGAGAAGAACCAACCUGGAACUUCUGGAAAUACCUGGUGGACCCCAAUGGGAAAGUAGUAAAGGCCUGGGACUCUACUGUCACUGUUGAAGAAAUAAGACCUUAUGUUACAGAACUUGUAAGGAAAAUCAUCCUGAAGAAGAAAGAUGAAUUAUGACUUUCAAAAAUCCCAGCAUGCCAAUUACAUUUUGAUUGAGAAUUAGGGCUGGACUUUGUCUUUUCACAUUCCUAAAGAGAGUAUAUGGGGAAGGGAAAUUAUGACCAGUAGAAUCUAUAUUCACUGUACUAAGAAUGUAGAAAACAGCAAGCUAGCAUGGUCAAAGUAAUUUAAAUUUUUACUCCAACUGUAUUGAGUUUGACCUUUCUGGAAAAGAAGAACUCAUCAGCAAUUGUUUCUUUCCCAAUUCAAAUUAUUAAUUGUUGGUAACACUAUAG